UGACCAUGGAGGCCGAUCAGGCCCAUCCGGCCAACAUUGUGGGUCAGAUCAAAAGGAUUUCCCUGAAGGAUCCGGCUCAUGAGAUAUUGGAAAAGGUCGGCUCUUCUGUGAACCAGAUCUGGUCCACUUCUGCCUUCUUCAAUAACUUUCGGCUUCCCGACCUUCCCGUCGACCGGGCGGAGGAUUGCGUUGCCUUAACAGCCCUGAAGAUGGGGCUAUAUAGUCUGCAGCUACGGGAAACACGUCUUGCCAAGGAACGGGACCUGAUCGUGGCUCAGGCUAAGGCGGAACAAGAGGCCGCCACUGUUCUCCCGACUCGUGAGGCCGAACGGAAGGCUUUUGCUGAGGAAAAUCAACGGCUGGAGAUCGAGCUCGACAACCAACAGAAGGCUGCUGAAGAAAAGCAACGGCUCGAGAUCGAGCUUGGCAAUCUCCGGGUCCAGCUUGCUGCUUCCCAGGCCA